AGUACGCUUAAACGGCUCUGUUUUGAUAUUGGUUAUGGUUAAUCGUCUUCCUCAUUUGAUAGCGCUUUUCAGCUUGCAUAAUUUCACGUUCAUAUUGCAGGAGCACAAGCGAGAAAAGCAACAAAGCUCAGCCUAUUUCUAUGAAUAAUUUCAUGAAACAAAAAAAUGAAACCAAAUACCGCAACAAAAAUUUUGUUCAUAUUGCUGGCAUUUAAUGGAAGAUCCAAUCGUAGUAUUCUAGCAGCUACAAAACAAAUUCAUGACACGUUUUCAUUUCUAUGCCAAGAUCAAAUGGUUAAAGUUGACUCGAACAUAUAUCAUUUGGAUCGAUUGAAUUCAUCGCUGAAAUCGGAGUAUUUCGAGAAAUUAUUCACCUCCGAAGAUUUUAAACGCAAAAAUGAUCAAAUUAUAGAAGUACAGCCCCUCAAUAGCGAAGUAUUUCCUACAAUACUUGAUAUAAUUCAUGGAAAAGAAGUAUACGACGUUUUAAACAAGGAUAACUAUCUUUCAUUAUUAAAGGAAUUAAAUCAUUUCGGCAUGAGAAUAGAUCUGCAAAUUUUCAGUAGCUUAAUUGACCGCGAUUUAGAAUCCUGUUCGCCGCAGGAGGCCAAAAUAUUUGAAUUGUACGCUUUCAUUAUUCAGAAUAGCCAGUUCGAGUAUUUAUCAAGGAGUGUUUUGAAAUAUUUAUCGAAUCACUUGGACGUAUUACAAAAUCACGAAAUACUUUCGUUUGACGUGCCGCUCGAUCACCUAAUUCAAAUAAUUGAGAAUAUUGACCACCCGGAUGAAAAUUCAAGACACUACGUCAUUCAAAUGUGCUCUAAAUGGCUCAGUCACAAUAUGAAAGAUAGACUUCCACACAUGGCACAACUAUAGUGAAAAAGACUAAAUUAUUGUAUCGCGUUUCAGAAGAAAUGUAUUCGGAUUUCAGCAAAUGUUUACCUUCGUGCGAUCUAGAUCAGCAAGCGAGACAAAAAAUGAUUUCGACAUGUUUUUUUGCACUGGUGGCCAACGGUGGGAGACUUUAUGCUACAGCAACAGAACCCGAGUAUAACUACGACAGUAAGGCUAGAUAUUCUUCAGAAGAUCCAAGUAGUGAAAGUGAAACAGAACCUGAGGAAUACAGGAGAUAUGUAAAUGAUCGAAACGAUUGUGACAAAUUGAAUAAAUUCCGAAAAAAUGGCGAGUUGUACGACAUCACAGUUAGAGUUGGAGAAAAUACAUAUAAACUUCAUCGUCAUGUUUUAGAAUUGAAAUCAGGUUACUUUAGAGACAUUUUUCAGGCUGAGUAUGCAGAGGCAAUCACUCAGUGCGGUGGAACUCCGGCGACGUGUCCAAGUAAAGAUAAGGAGUAUUUACUGAGUGAUGAAAUAGAUCCAUCAACGUUUGAAGACGUAUUAAAUGUUUUAUACGGGUAUAAGAAGGUGUAUGCAAUAUUUCAAAAAUUUGAAUACAAAUGGGAUAAAAUUGCAAAUUUUUUAAAAAUCGUCCAUUCUUUAAGACUUGAUGAAUUUUUAAUAGAUUGUAUACGCGAUUUGAAGGAGGAGCAUCAAAGAUGGAGUUCGCAAGAUGUUGAGCAGAUUUUGAAUUUCACACAUGGAAAACCAGAAUAUGGCAAUUUGUAUGUUAUUCAUUUAAGCAAACAUUUGGCAGAAAACUGGCCCAAUAUUCGCUACGUAUCGCAAUUUUAUUCUAUUUCAUUGCCUGUGUUGAAGAAAAUGCUGAAUUCGUCGCAUUUCCGAUUCGACGAUCCGCAUAAAAUUUUGGACAUUUGUUCGAAAUGGACGUGUCAUGACGUCAAGGGCCGGUACCAAUAUUUACCUCAAAUCGCCCGAGCUAUAAAUCCUCUUUGUGCGGUAGAAGAUGACAAAUAUACAACUGAAGCCGUAGCAGAUUUCAACACUUUGUCGGAGAAGUUUGUUCGAGAUGAAUUAUGGAAAAUUCUAUCUUCACUUUCUUAUACUUUUUAUUCGGAAAAAUACUUUAAAAAUACGUCGAGAAAACUAGAAGAUAUUCCAGUGUUUAUCUCAGUAACGGAAGAAAAAAAAAUAGGUGUACUUAAUGCCGAUCUAGAUCUAAUCACAUCAAUAAUUAAUGAUUUUGAUCCCUCGUACUCAUCUUUCAGAACAAUGGCGACUCUUAUCAACGAUAAUUUAUUUAUUCUUUCCGACUGGUUUGGCAAACAUUUUUUUAUGGUUUACAAUUUUUUUCUGAAAACAUGCAUUCAACUGCACUGCGAUCUUCCUAUUCCUAGUUGGCAUGGGUAUUACUGCCGUUACUACACCCUUUUGAAUUGCAAUAACGAGAUUUAUAGUUGCUCAAUUGAUGGUCGAAUAGCAAAAUAUUCGAUGCAAUUUGACCUCUGGACGACACUCAUAAAAGAUGAUCCGCAUAAAGAAAAUAUUCACUACACAAGUGAUGGGAAAACGCUUUAUAGGAUGUAUGGAAUUCCAAGAAAUGACAUAUACUACCUUUCGAGCUCCCAGUACGUUGUGGAGGAGUUCGAUUUGAGAAGAAAUUCGUGGAGUCGUGUGCCAGGUUCACCUUUGACAAAAAAUCUCUACCGAGCUCCUACUUGUUUCAGUAUGAUUAACGAUCGUGAUUUCGUUAUAUUUGUCUCUGGAGAAGUUAUUACAUCAAACCGCGAUGUUACAGGUAAGGAAUGGCAUUGGAGUUAUCACAAUAUACCAAAUGGUGGACUAGUCUACUUUGGUCAGUAUGAAGAUAGGCUGUUAGUAUUAACCGAUGAUAAAUUGUACCGCUAUUACCCCAACAACGGAAGUCUUGAAUUCAAGAAAAACAUCGCAACAGGUUUGCGUCUUUAUCGUACUCGUAUUGUGCCUAUUGAUAGACACGUAUUUAUCGGUGUCGCCACGCGCAGGUUUCUGUAUCAAUUCACUGUCACACUGAAUGUUCAGUUUUCCGAUAUCUGA